GUCUUUCUCGCUCACGGAUGGACACGGCUGUGGACGGGGUGCUCGCGACCGAGCCGGGGGCUGCGCCCAUGGCUCUCGAAUUUAACCUCCCGCCGUCCGACAAGCCGAUGCGCGUGUCGCGCCCGAGCCGGCUCAACACGCAGAUCCUCGGGCAGCUCCAGACGCGCAAGUACAUUUUGACGCUUGGCUUUUUCAUCAGCUGCGUCUGGAACCUCGUGGCGCCGCUGAAAGCGUGGGCGCUCUCUCGGUACGGGUUUGUGUCGACGGCCGACACGAUCGUGCUCAACGUCAACUGGAACACGGUGCUCAACGGCCGGUUCCUCACCCAACUCUACACCUCGUCGGGCAUUGCGCUACGCGCCCCGCGCCCCGCCGAUCGGUACAUCAACGUCUUCUUGGACUUUAUCGUGGUGCCACGUUCCGAGCUCACGUGGGCCAAGUCGCUCUACGGCACUGGCAACAUCUUCCAAAUGGACUUGGACGGCCGCUGCAUGCGCCAGAGCCUCGAUGGGCCGCGCCAAGCCGACCAGUUCAACAAGGACAUUCUGGCGUACACAGCCAGUGGGUAUCCGCUCUGGGGCACCGAGGUCGUCCGCGCCAUGGUGCCACCCGUGCCGGGGUUUGUGCAACUGCACGAAAUCUCCGAGGCGAUGCUGUGCCUCAAGGGCAUGCCGCUCGAAGAUUACGUCAACGUCCAGUUCGUCUCGUCGCUGCAGCCGUACAACAAGUCGUCGGACGCGGCCGCGAUCGCCAUGUGGCGCCAAAAGCUCUUCCCAAACCUCAGCGAGUGUCUCGCGCGCCGCGCGGCACUCGUGGCGGCCGCCAACCCGCCGGCCGACGGCGUCGCCGCGCUCGCCAAAGAGCUCGCAGCGACGUUCAAAACGGGCGUGGUCAACAUUGCCGGCAACGCCCAGCUCUACACGCCCAUGACCUUUCUCGACGGGUUCGUCGACCUCUCGGGCCUCAAGUCGGGCUCCGUGACGUACCAGCUCAACGGCCGCGACCCGUCCGCGCUUCUGUUCGCGGGCAGUGGCUAUCUCGACGCGGUAAUGAACCCGCGCGAAACCGCGUGGUGGUGCUCGAUCCAGUACGUCGACCCGGCGACCAACAGUCCGAACGCGACGCAGUGCUUUGAGAAGGUGGCGACGACGCUCCCGUCCGUCUUCCUCGGCAAGUACGUGGUCGCGGGCGCCGGCUCGCGUUUCUCGGACUACCCGUCGUUUGUCAUGGACAUGCUCACGCAGGGCACGCAGGCGUCGAUCGUGAUGACCAAAGCCAACGGCAGCGAAGCCAUCAUCCUCAACUUCAUCGCGCUCCUCUCGCUCGCCGGGUACGGGUACUUCUUUGUGCGCAUUUCCAUCUAUCUGUACCAAACGGCCAAGUGGAUUCGGCGCAUGCCGGACAGCAGCCAGAAGAAGCAGCUGCUCUACAGCGUCGUCAACUGCAGCAUCAGCAGCGUCAUUUGGAGCCACUACCGCACCUCGAUGCAGUUCAUCGGGUUCCUCGGGUUCAUCGCGUGGCACCUCGGCACGAGCAGCAGUUCGUGCCAGUGGGAUCACUCGAUCGUCGACGUGAGCGUCGACGCGACGUACAGCUGCCGCAUCGACAGCCUCGGGCACUUUUCCAGUUUUGCCGAAAUCAUCCGGCUUUUCUCGUACUCGUGGGUGUUCUACGCCCUCGUCUUUAUGGACCGCAUGCCGGGCAUCGCGAUCUACAUGCCCGGGUACAUUGUCGCCGCGCUCCUCCUCGGCUUCGUGCCGUUAUCGCUGCUCGCGAUCGUCGUCGCCGAGAUUUGCAAGGCGCGGUUGCAGUCGCCGGCGCUCUUCCUCAUCCACAACCAGCUUUUCCUUGUCCUUCUUUGGCUCGCCGUGUUUUGGCUUCUCCGGACGCCGCUCUUGCGCCCGGUCCACCGGCUCGUGGAGCUCUGCCUCGGCCUCGUUGGCGUCAAGAAGCAAAAACUGCAUAUCGAGAGCCCGUUCUACGCGAUGCUCGGCGAUCAUUUCUGGAUCGAAACGGCGCUGCAUCGGGACGAAGACGUCAUGUACGUGCCGCUGAGCGUCCUCAUGGAGACCAAGAACCUCAAAUUGCGCAACAUUUACGACCACGAGUACUUUACGUACGGCGUCCUCAAGACCGAAAAGACGCGCAGCGAUCAUCCGCUCUGGCUCCAAACGCAGCUCGAGUACUACGUGCGCGUGCACGAGUAGUCUAGCGUCGAUAGUUGCAUUUUACAUUGAAUUACAUACCACGCCGAUUGAUACUAGC